AUGAAGGACGACAAGUUAAUCUGGAGUGAACGAGUCAUUAUUCCUUCAUCAUUACGUCAAAUCCUGUUAAACGAUAUGCAUGCUGAGCAUUUGGGGAUUGUAAAAACAAAGCAUCUUGCUAGAAUGUAUUUGUGGUGGCCAGGAAUUGAUGUAGACAUUAAGAAUCAAGUAAAAGAAUGCCUGUCCUGCCAAGAAAAUGCAAAGAAACCAGCUGACAUCCAGCAAGCAAAAUGGUCUUGGCCGGCGGGUCCUUCGAAACGUUUACAUCUUGAUUUUGCGGGGCCUUAUGAAGGACGCAUGUUUCUCGCUAUAGUCGAUGCUUACUUCAAGUACCUGGAAAUUGUUUCCACGAAAACCUUCACAUCAAGCAAUACCAUCCAAGCCUUAAGACAUUUAUUCAGUCAUUUUGGUUUGCCUGAUCACAUCGUGACUGACAAUGGUGCACAGUUUACUAGUAACGAGUUUGGAACAUUUCUACGCCGAAAUACACAUUAUUCCAAAAUGGCUGACUAG